UGCUGUGAGCUCAGCUCAGUAAAGCUUCAUCUCUAAUAGGAUGAGCAGCCUCGCGCCCGUGUGUGUGUGUGUGUGUGUGUGUAGCUGAAUGAGCCGCUCAUUGUUCGUGUCGUUGUUUCUGUGAUAUUCCCGCGGAUUGAUCGAUCAGUGAUCGGCUGUGAUCGGGAUUUCUGAUGGAUCUAUCGAUGUGAGGAACGUGUCAAACGCGGCUGAAGUUCAGAGGUCAAACAUGCGGUCUCAGGCCCUGUUGCUGUAUUUCUCCGUUCUUCACACGGCAGGAGCCGCUUUCCCAGAAGACACCGAGCCCAUCAGUGUGUCACACGCCAACUAUACCAAACAAUAUCCAGCGUUCGUGGGCCACAAGCCGGGCCGGAACAACACGCAGCGCCACCGCCUGGACAUCCAGCUGAUCGUGCUCAUGAACCGCACGCUGUACGUCGCUGCCAGAGAUCACAUUUACACGGUGGACAUCGAGACGGCCAACACCGAGGAGAUCUUCUUCAGCAAGAAGCUGACGUGGAAGUCCAGACAGGCCGACGUGGACACUUGCAGAAUGAAGGGGAAACACAAGGACGAAUGCCACAACUUCAUCAAGGUUCUCCUGCAGCAGAGCGGCGACUCUCUGUUCGUGUGCGGGACGAAUGCCUUCAACCCGUCCUGUCGGACCUACAAGAUGGACAGCCUGGACGCUCUGGGCGAUGAGAUCAGUGGAAUGGCCCGAUGCCCGUACGACGCCAAACACGCCAACGUCGCCCUGUUCGCCGAUGGGAAGUUAUAUUCCGCCACAGUCACAGACUUCCUGGCGAUCGACGCCGUGAUCUAUCGCAGUCUGGGAGACAGCGCGACCCUGAGGACGGUCAAACACGACUCCAAAUGGCUGAAAGAGCCGUAUUUCGUCCAGGCGGUCGACUACGGCCAGUUCAUCUACUUCUUCUUUCGGGAAAUCGCCAUGGAGUACAACAGCAUGGGGAAGGUGGUGUUCCCGCGUGUGGCGCGCGUGUGUAAGAACGAUCGCGGCGGCUCGCAGCGAGUCCUGGAGAAACAGUGGACGUCCUUCCUAAAGACGCGACUUAACUGCUCAAUCCCGGGAGACUCUCAUUUCUACUUCAACAUCCUACAGGCCGUCACCGACGUCAUCCACAUCAACGGACACGACGUCGUCAUGGCAACCUUCUCCACGCCAUACAACAGUAUCCCGGGCUCGGCGGUCUGUGCGUAUGACAUGGCAGAGAUCGCGCUGGCCUUCACCGGACGCUUCAAAGAGCAGAAAUCGCCCGAUUCCACCUGGACACCCGUGCCGGAGGAGAAGGUGCCCAGACCCAGGCCGGGCGUCUGCGCAGGAACUUCUGGUGAGAAAUUCAAAGUGUCCAAUGAGUUUCCGGACGAGACGCUGAACUUCAUCAAGGUUCACCCGCUGAUGGACGAGGCCGUGCCGUCGAUCGCCAACCGGCCCUGGUUCCUCAAGACGAUGGUUCGGUACCGUCUCACUCGUAUCGCCGUGGAUAACGCCGCCGGGCCUCACCGUAACCACACCGUGGUUUUCCUGGGAUCGGAGCGAGGGAUCGUCCUGAAGUUCCUGGCUAAGAUGCGGAGCGGAUUCCUGAACGACAGCCUGUUUCUGGAGGAGCUGAGCGUCUACAACCCAGACAAGUGCAGCAUUGACGGCGUGGAGGACAAGCGUAUCGUCAGCAUGCAGAUCGACCAGCGCAGUCACUCUCUGUUCGUGGCCUUCAGCUCCUGCGUGGUCAAAGUCCCGCUGUCUCGCUGCCAGCGCCACGGGAAGUGCAAAAAGUCCUGUAUCGCCUCCAGGGACCCGUACUGCGGAUGGGUGUCCGAGGGCGCCUGCACAGAGGUCACAUCUGACUCGAAAUGGCCGUUCGAGCAGGACGUGGAACAGGGAAACACAGAUGGACUGGGAGACUGCCAAAAUUCGUUCGUGGCUCUGAACGAGCGUCAGCACAGGCAUCAGGGCCAUAUUACCCAGAAUGCACCACGCGGUCUCCUCACCACUCCUCCUGCUGAUCCACUGGUUCGGGGUCGAAUGGUGAAACCGAAGGAUCCGCUGACCCGUGAUGAUGAUGAUGAUGAUGAUGAUGAUGAGAGAGACUCAUUAGUCUCGGUGUCGUCAGAGACUCAGCAGAAGAGCGCCGGUGUGAUUCGUGAGACGUACCACAGAGACCGGGAUCAGAUGGUUCCAGUGACGCUUCUGGCCAUCGCCGUCAUCCUCGCCUUCGCCAUGGGCGCCAUAUUCUCUGGCAUCAUCGUCUACUGCGUGUGCGACCACCACCGCCGGCGCGACUUUGAGCUGCCCGGCCGCAAAGACAAGGACUCUGUUCAGUCCAGACGAGGCUCCAUGAACAGCGUCACCAAGCUGACGGGGCUGUUUGAGACGCAAGCCAAGGACGGCCGGCCUGAAGCCAUUCUGACUCCACUCAUGCACAACGGCCGUCUGUCCAACGGCAAGAUGCUGAUUAAAGCUGACCAGCACCCAGAUCUGAGCGCCCUGCCCACGCCCGAGUCCACGCCAAUGCAGCCGCGCCGCAAGCCCAGUCGGGGCAGCCGCGAGUGGGAGCGCAACCAGAACCUGAUCAACGCCUGCACCAAAGACUUGACUUCCAUGGUCACUCCGGUCAUCCCGACGGAUCUGCCGCUUCGGGCGUCUCCGGGCCACAUCUCCAGCGUGGUGGUUCUGCCUUUGACCCAAGCUUACCAGCACGAGUACGUGGAGCAGCCCCACCGCGGAGACUUCGCAGACGACCAGGGUGCCACUCUCGAGUACAAGUCCCUCAAGAGCCCGUGUCACGGUCUCGGUCUGGCGGAUGUCGACGGAGCUCCUCCUCGGGUCCCCCAGCGAGAGGCGUCUCUGGCGCUCCCGCCCGCCGUGCCACAGAUGGGCAAGAGGCUCGACGUGCAUUCGUCCAUGUACGGGCGAGGCUACCCCAUGAGCUCGGGCCUCAAGAAACAGCACAACACCAACUCGUCCAACUCAUCCCACAUGUCCAGGAACCACAGCUUCCGUGUGGAGACGCCUCCGCCCGCCCCGCAGCGAGUGGACUCCAUGCACGUCACGUCUCCGGUCCUCAGCCUGAGCCGUCACCCCAGCCUGAGCUCGUACGGGUCUCUGCCUCGCUGCGGGUCCCGGCAGCUCAAGCCCGACGUCCCUCCCAAACCGGCACUGGUGUCCCUUUCCACGAAAAUCAAAUCCGGUGACUCCUGCACAUAAUGCGGGAUUAAAGACAGGGAACAAUAAAGUGUGUCUGCUUUGUACAGCUAUGUACAGGAAAUGCAACUCACUUUUUCCUUUCUUUUGUUUUUGGGUUUUGUAUAUUUUUCAAUGUCGAGCUCAGGCUGAUAGUGCCCGUUCCAAGAGGGCAAACAUCUGCUCCCGGAAAGAGGAACUCUUAAAGAUUUCGCCUGCGCUGUGUUGCAGCUGAUGUUUGUUUUCUGCCAAAAGCACAUCGGAGACAGGCGGAAUUGUUCAGUUGUGAAGCUGCGAGACGCCCCGGCUAUCGAGCACUUGAACACGUUCAGACUGGAGUUUACAAGGGAAAACUGUGAAACAACGCCGCCGCCUGUCUCAGUGUUACUGUUACUGGACAAAGCAAUCGAGUUCUGCCUUCGUGCACGAGUUCAAGACGUCUACUGAAACUGAUGACUAAAUAACGCGUGACUGUUAAUACUAACAGCUGGUUGUAUUUAUUUUUUAAUAAAGUGCUUUUGCAGAAAGAGCAUCUCUUUUAGGCUCAAACGAGAUGUAAAUGAUCUUUUUAAUUUGAAUUAAUCAAGUGUGAAAUUAUUUAAAGUCAUUAAACUGGAGCCAGUACUUCUGUCCACUAACUCUUCGGACGUUGCUAAGCAAACUCAGAGACGGAGACGGAAGCCUCCGUAUGGAAGGAGUAUUCCUCAAGCCGUGCCAGAGGGGCUUGUGGGUAAAGCUUACAGCCCACAGAAGGAACUCCUGAUCUCACCUCUUCAUCUCGUCCAUCUCCUGCUGAAAGCCACCGGUCCAUCACCGAGUGCCAUUCUCGCUCGACGUGAGCAAAGGAAAGGAUGAGCCGUACUUAAGACGUUUGGUUAAUGCUUUCAAACGUAUCGUUUUCUCGUCCUGUCCACACACUCUCACAGUCACACACACACACAGGCCUUUUGUUGAAGCAUUUCAUUUUCAAACAUGCCUGUUUUUCUCCUUCCACCUGUAAAUUUGUGCCUUACACCCCUGAGUAGUGAAGCUGUUUGUUAGCUGUUAACUGUCGUAGUUCUUAUAAUGACAUUUUUUCCCUCAUUUGAUUAAAAAAGAAACAAAAAAACGUAAUUGAAGAAUGUAGGUGUUGUCGUUGUCGACUCUGGUCCUGUUGCUAACCACAAAUGACUUUGUGCUUGAUUUCUGAUUGUGCCAAUGAAAUGUUGGAGUCAGCCCUCUUGUUGUGCUGGAAGAAUGUUGUUUUUUUGCUUUGAUUUUGUUGCGUUUGUCCUUUUUUUUAUUACUUUUCACAAAGUCAAGAUGAUGUUUUUACACUGUUUGUAGUUGAAUUGAUGUGUAUCUGUAGAUCUGGCUGCUUCAAGGCAAUAAGAGAAAAACACAUGAACGAAUCAGAUAUGAUGUUUCUCCCAAACACACACACCACACAAGCUUUCUAAUGUAUAUGAUCAAACAGUUUUUAGGCAGUGAAUACAGGCUGGCUCCUGUGUAGAUAUGCACUCCAAUAAUAUUAGGAAACAGAUUAAUGUUUUCAAUGUUUGUGACAGAUUCCGAUUAAUAUAAUUUUCUAGAUCUAUCGUUGUGAUGUAAUAUGAGGGAUUGUUAUUUAACUAUUUUGACACACGUUUUAUUGAACUUGGCGUCCAGGAAUCUCUAGUUUCGGCUUUGUAGAUGUUGAACUCACUUGUCGUCACAGCCCGUCUGAGGCGACUCUAAAUCGUGCCGUCUGAAUAUAUAAUAAUCGCUCCGGCCGUAGUGAACGGAGAUCACGAUUCCCGUGCUGGUGCCUUUGGACUCUGGAAGUGGAGUUUGUACUCUUGUUUGCUAUGGUUUUGUCACCGGCCCUCUCCCACAUCUGAUUCACAGCUAAAUGUAUGUUGUAAAGAAAUUCUCUUUAAUAAAUGGAAAAAAGUAAUAAAAACAUUUCAGAUUCUUGUCACA